CUGCAUAUUUAAAGGAAACAAGUAUCAGUAUGGAGAAACUAUAUAUAACACAACAGAUGGGCUCGGACACUGCAUAACAGCUGUCUGUGAAAAAGAUGGAAUGAUUAAAAAGGAUUCAUACCCUUGUUCAGCAUCACAGCCAACAACAACCUACUCUCCAACAACUGUCUUCAACUUCUCAAGUACAGAUGUGCCAAUAACUUCAGCCAAGUACACCUCAGAAUCUGUUUUAACAAAGACAACACCAUCAUUCAGCACAUCAGCAAAAGUAACAACAGAUGAAUCCAAAUGUACAGUUUGCUACUGGACACCAUGGAUGAAUGUUGAUUAUCCAAAAUUCGGACCACAGGGAGGUGACAAUGAAACAAUAAAAAACGUAAUAAAUUCUGGACGGUAUAAAGUAUGUUCAAACCCGAUAGAAGUCAUCUGUCAAGCUGUGAGAUAUCCAGGUGUACCUUUAUCACUUUUACACCAAGACGUAUUCUGCAAUAAUUCAGGAUUAAUUUGUGAAAAUAAAGACCAAACACAACCAAAAUGUUUAGAUUUUGAGAUAAAAGCGAAAUGUUGUGAAAAAGUUGAAUGUUCACAACCGUCAGUGAGCUCAAGCACAUCAACAACUGUUAUAAUCACACAACAGCCACCUCAAACCGCUACUAGACUGUCAUCAACUGUUACGUCCUUACCACCAACAGUCCAAAGUUCCUCCACUCAAACAUUCAUAUCCACUGCAAAAACCACAACGUUCCUUUCUACCCAUUCAUGUGUUUGCAGUUGGUCAGAUUGGCUGGACUUUGGUAGACAAACAGCAGGAUCUGAUGGGGAAGUAAUACCAAUUGAAAAAAUCACUGAUACCUAUCCUUCUCUCUGCAAAGUACCAGUACAAGUGGAAUGCCGUGCAAAACAAUUUCCAGGACUCCCUCUUUCACAGCUUGGCCAAGCGAUAAAAUGUAAUGCAAGAGACGGACUGGUUUGCUUAAAUAGAAACCAAGGCCUUGCACAGCGGUGCUUUGACUAUGAAAUCAGAGUGCUCUGUUGUGAUGAAACCUGUGGCAGCAUCCCAACACACACAACAGUUCCAGACACCACUAGGGUGUCAUCAACAAGCAUGUCCACUUCAUCAAGCACAUCCACACCAACAGUCCAAAGUUCUACUAGUACAAGCAUUUCUACAACUCCCACAAAUGCAACAUACACUAAAACUUCAUCAACAAGUUCUCCAACUUCAACACCAAAACCAACCAUGUUUAGCCCCUCCUCUGGAUGUGUUUGCAGUUGGUCAGAUUGGCUGGACUUUGGAGGCCCAACAACAGGUCCUAACGGUGGUGCAGUAAUACCAAUUAAAAAAAUAACUGACACCUAUCCUUCUAUCUGCAAAGUACCAGUGAAAGUGGAAUGUCGAGCAAAACGUUUUCCUGGACUCCCUCUUUCACAGCUUGGCCAGACAGUGAAAUGUAAUGCAAAAGACGGAUUGAUUUGCCUUAAUAGAAACCAAGGCUUUGCACAGCGGUGCAUUGACUAUGAGAUAAAAGUGCUCUGUUGUGAUGAGAACUGUGGCAGCGUCCCAACACAUACACCACUUCCAGCCACCACUAGGGUGUCAUCAACAAGCAUGUCCACUUCAUCAAGCACAUCCACAUCAACAGUCCAGAGUUCCUCCACUAGUAUAAACAUUUCAACAACUCCCACAAAUGCAACAUAUACUAAAACUUCAUCAACAAGUUCUCCAACUUCAACAACACUAAAACCAACCAUGUUCAGCCCCUCCUCUGGAUGUGUUUGCAGUUGGUCAGAUUGGCUGGACUUUGGAGGCCCAACAACAGGUCCUAACGGUGGUGCAGUAAUACCAAUUAAAAAAAUAACUGACACCUAUCCUUCUAUCUGCAAAGUACCAGUGAAAGUGGAAUGUCGAGCAAAACGUUUCCCUGGACUUCCUCUUUCACAGCUUGGCCAGACACCUCUCAACACAUGCACCACUUCCAACCACCACUAG